AUGCCUCAUCGACCCUAUUCUGCCUCGUCCUCGUCCUCGUCCUCGUCCUCGUCCUCGUCCUCCUCAUCCUCCUCCGCGUUCUCCUCGACUCCUUCCUCCGCUGCUUCCUCCGCCACCUCUUCCGCCGUCUCCGCAUCCCCCUCUUCCGUAACCUCUGCCAAGAAGCCGCCGCGCUUCUCCUACAACAUUGCCGCGUCCUUCAUCGCCAAGGACCGCCCCUUUGACGCCUCGACGCACGUCUUCCACUUCAACGCCUACAAUCGGAUACAGCCGCCGCGGCACCGCCGGCGCUCCUCCCGGCCCGAGUCCGGCCACGACGCCUUCUUCGCCUCGCGCGUCCACGAGACGGGCGGCGCCGUCGCCUUUGGCGUCGCCGACGGCGUGGGCGGCUGGGUCGACUCGGGCGUCGACCCGGCCGACUUUUCCCACGGCUUCUGCGAUUACAUGGCCUCGGCCGCAUGGGAGCACCAACCCGCCGCCGCAGCAGCAACUCCCGCAAACUCCCUCUCCGCCCGCAAGCUCAUGCAGCUUGGCUACGAUGCCAUUUGCGCCGACAAGACGGUCCUGGCGGGCGGCAGUACCGCCUGUGUCGCCGUCGCCUCGCCCGACGGCCGCCUCGACAUUGCCAACCUCGGCGACUCGGGCUUCUUGCAGCUGCGCCUCAACGCCGUGCACAGCUACUCGGAGCCGCAGACGCACGCCUUCAACACGCCCUUUCAGCUGUCCAUUGUGCCCCCCAGCGUCGCCGCGCGCAUGGCCGCCUUUGGCGGCACCCAGCUCAGCGACCUGCCCCGCGACGCCGACGUCACCAGCCACCGCCUGCGCCAUGGCGACGUGCUCGUCCUCGCUACCGACGGCGUCCUUGACAAUCUCUUCAACCAGGACGUGCUCCGCGUCGCGAGCCGCGUCAUGGGCUCCACCGGCGCCUGGACGGUCGGCGAUGCCGGCCAGAUCCAGGUCGCUGAGAACCUCGACGCCAUUGUCCGGAGCCCCAUCAAGCUCGCCCAGUCCCGAGGCGGCAACACAAGGCAGCAGCAGCAGCAGCAGCAGUCGGAGCGCACCGUUACCCUGCAGAGCCUCCUCGCCACGGAGCUGGUCCUCGCCGCCAAGCGCGCGAGCGUAAACACGAAGCAGGAUGGGCCCUUUGCUAAAGAGGUGCAAAAGUACUAUCCGCAGGAGAACUGGCAUGGCGGCAAGAUUGACGAUAUUUGCGUCGUUGCCGUCGUUGUGGUUGAGGAUCCGGUGUCGACCCCGAGCAAGCUGUGA